AUGGUGUCUAAGUUCAGCGACUUCCUUGAAGAAUGUGAGCUUAUUUGUGGCCUUUAUUUGAACACGGGAUACCCAGACCAUCUCAUAUCAGAAUUGGUCAAGGAUGUUUGCAGUAAGAGGAAGAAUGGGUUCUAUGUACCAAUUUUGGGCAAUAAUGUAGCACCCCAGAACCCCGAGCCAUCCCAUAUGCAAGCCCAUGUGAAUUACCUUUACAGUUUUAUUACAACUUUCACUGUUGAUGCAGGGGCCAUUUCCUCCAUCAUAAAGAAAAAUUGGAGUAUUUUACGUUUAGACCUUCAAGGAAAAACUGACAGGAAACUUCAGGAACGUUUUUAUGAGCACCUUUAUGCCAUCAAAAAAGAGAGGAUGGAGAAUGCGCUUGCCAGGCAUGUUAAGGAAUACCCGGGUCAUGAAUUCUCUUUUUCAGUCAUUGAUCAGACCUCAAAGGAGGACCUGCUACAGGCAGAUUUUGAAGGGGCCUUGAAGUUUUUCCGAGUUCAACUUCCAAAGCGUUAUCGGGCAGAAGAAAAUGCCAGGAGACUUAUGGAAGAAGCAUGCAGUGUAAAAGUGCCUGUAAAGAAGCUGAAGAAGUAUGAGAAGGAGUACCUGAUGAUGAGGCAGAUGCAGCUUCAGCAGGAGGACCCCAUUGACAGAUACAAGAAGGAAAACCGAAGGCUUCAGGAGGCCAGCAUGCAUCUGGAACAAGAGAACGAUGACUUGGCUCAUGAACUUGUAACCAGCAAAAUUGCACUACGAAAUGACUUGGACCAGGCUGAAGAUAAGGCAGAUAUUCUGAACAAGGAAUUGCUACUGACCAAACAGAAACUGGUGGAGACUGAAGCAGAAAAGAGGCAACAAGAGGAAGAGACUGCUCAGCUGAAGGAGAUUUUCAGAAAGCAACUAGAAAAAGCAGAGUCAGAGAUCAAGAAAACUACAGCCAUCAUUACUGAGUACAAGCAGAUUUGUUCUCAGUUAAGUACCAGACUAGAGAAACAGCAAGCAGCAAGCAAAGACGAGCUGGAAGUUGUCAAGAGCAAACUGAUGUCAUGCAAGCGUUGCAGUGAGUUGUUUAACAAAGAAUGGUCAUUUCUACUGCCAGUGUUGCACUGGGACAACCAAGAUGUAGACCGCAGUGAAGAGAAAGAGUCUUUAAAGGAGCAACUGAAAGCAGUGGAACUGGAUUUGGCACAGACUAAACUGCAGCUGGUGGAGGCAAAGUGCAAAAUACAGGAACUUGAACACCAAAGAGGGGCUCUGUUAAAUGAAAUCCAAACUGCAAAAAAUUCUUGGUUUAGUAAAACUCUGAGCUCUCUGAAAACUGCCACAGGAACUCAGCAAGCUCAUCUCCCUUCUCAGCCACAGGCCGAGCCCUCCAAACAAAGUACAUAGCUUUGCCAGUGCAAGGAAGACAAUAGCACAAGACAUUUGCAGCAAGUGGGAUUUCUGCCUGUUCUUCUGCUCUGACUGACAACACGUGAAGGAUGGGAACAAGUGUAGUGCUGGACAGGCUACCAACCUCGCAAAUAAAAAACUGAAGCAUUAGAACAAUGUUUCAUAAAGACACUAAGACCCUCACCCAUUCUGACCUGCUGGUGGUGAUUGUUUCAUAAGUUUGCUUUUAUCUUUGUUUUUCUAAUAUAUUAAAGUAAUUCAGAGUUGUUUAAUGAUUAUUAAGUAAUUAUUAUAGAUGAUUUUUAUCUUGUACAGAAUGAAACUACAUGGAAUUUUUUGUCAUAUUUUCUGGGAAAGAAACAACACUGAGUGACAUCAGUGUGACUUUGUAUGAACAAAUUCUUGGAAAUAAAGCACACUGUAAAAUGCCUCAUA